GUUGUAGACUAUUGGGGAGAGUCUUAUUACAGUGACCUCAUCGACUUGCAUCUGGGUGGGAUGGGGAAGAAGGAUGAUCCAAAGCUGAUGCAGGAAUGGUUCAAGCUGGUGCAGGAGAAGAAUGCUUUGGUUCGCUACGAGUCCGAGCUGAUGAUAUUCGCUCGGGAACUGGAACUAGAAGACAGGCAGAGUCGGUUACAGCAGGAGCUCCGGGAGAGGAUGGCAGUGGAAGAUCAUCUGAAGACGGAUGAGGAGCUCUCAGAGGAGAAGAGGAUCCUGAACGAGAUGCUAGAAGUGGUAGAGCAGAGAGAUUCUCUUGUGGCUCUCCUUGAGGAACAACGGCUUCGAGAAAAAGAGGAAGACAAGGACCUGGAGGCAGUCAUGCUCUCCAAAGGCUUUAGCUUGAACUGGUCCUGAGCUUAAAACAUUCACCUCUGCUGGUCUGUGUUGUCCAGUUGGCCUACCCUGAGUUUGCCAGAAUUACAUGGAUAGGAAGAUACUGAAGGGGAAACCUCAAAAGGGUCCGCCAGCAUGCAGGGAUUCAGUCUGAAGCACUCAGAAGCCUUUUGAUAAGUGUGUUGGAUCCAGAAGUUUAAGUUUCAUAUGUUUGCAAGACAAGUUGAAGAUAGUGGUCUGAGACUAUGCAGUCUCCUUGAGGUCCUAUGAAAUGGACCAUAUUUUUUCCUUGUGGUAGGAGGGAAAGGAACAAACUCUGUGCGUGGGAAGGAGGUUAAGGGGAGAAGUACCCUUAACUAAACUGAAUUUUUGGCAGUCCAUUCCUUUCCCAUUUUCAUUACACCAGUUCUAAUAAAAGGGAGGGAAGUGGCAACCCUCUCUGGAAAACCACAGCAGCCUGUAGCAGCCUGUAUGGAAGAGUCAGCUAUCCAAGAGCGCUCCAGAAGCCCAGGGCAGCACCUUCUUUGCUUUAGUCUUCCUCCCCGCCAAAGAAACCUGCAGUUGAUUAUUAAGCAUGGAUAUGAAGAAACACGAGACAGAAGAUUCUGCUAGUAUGUGUGAUGGAACUCCCUGCAUCCUGGUUUUUAGAGAGAGCUGGGCAUCAGAGGACUCUCCCUGACGUGGUCUCCAAAAUUUUGUUAUUGCUGUGGGGAGAAAUGGGGAGAAGAAGAGUGGAAAGAUGCCCUUCUGCUUUGUGACACACUGGAGAGAGAGCUACCACUGGCCUUAGUCUUCACGGCCACAGCUCAGAGGCUGAUGGGUUUCUUUGUUCUGCUUUUGUUUUGACACUGGAAAAUACUGACUGUGGGACAGUAGUAAGUGUUUGCUGGGGUAGGGGUCUUACCAGGCAUUCCCUGGCUGUUAACCCCUAAAAGGGAGAAGCCCUUAACCGACUGAACCACCAUUAAGACUUUUCAGUGUUUUUAUUUUUUCCUCUGUAUUUUGUUUUUGCACAUUGGAAAAAAAAGCUUAAGACCUGCCUGGGCCCUCAGUCACUUUGACCCUUUUCUGUCAAUUAACUUAUUUUUUUAAUACUUGAAAGAAGAUUCAUUUUUGUAUCUUUUAAGAAAAAUAUGGACGAGUGAUGGGUGUGUGUGCCUGCUGCAUCCUACAACCUCCACUUCCAAAUUACUGGACAUUGUUACCUGUGGCUAUUUAUUAGUGUUCUUAUUAAUAAUGUUAAUGUUACACAUUUUGAUUGUGGAGGGGGUGUUUUAACUCUCUUAGAGGAAGACACUACUGCAGAUUGGUCCCUGCUUCACAACAAGGCCAGCCUUUAUGAACCCAUGGAUGCAUCCUGCCCUAGCAGAUUCCCUUUACGAUAAAAUCCGGUGCGUUCCUGGAGUUUUAAUAAUCUAUUUGUGUUCCUAGCAUACUUUUCUUCUGCAUCCCAGAUUCCCCCCAGGGUAAACAUAUAAUUUAUUUAAAUAUUAAAUGUGUAUAACAGGAAAGCCAAAACGGUGAAGUAGAGA